UUCACCCAGCUAGCUAGUGAGCUAGCUUCCUGAUAAAGAUGGCCAGCUUGGGAAGGGUCGCCGCCGUCUUGCGGAAUGCUUUGAGGAGCCCCCGGUCUCUGAAGAGCUUCGCACUGCGCCGGGCCCUCGGACCCGGUAUUGUGGGGGCUGUUGUCGGAACUGGGUUUAUCUGUUAUUACCAGUAUCACGCCAACAACAGGACUCUGCCCUUCGCCGUUCACGCUGAGGUUCCAAAAGAAGCUGCUGUAGCUCCCCAGCCUUCCGCCAGAAGGAUCCGAUUCAACCAGUUCGCCUCGGUGGUCUACGAGCAGGAGCCCUACAUGACCCCGAGAGACUUCCUGUUCUCGGUGAUGCUGGAGAACGUUGACCGGAAGCUGCAGAAGAGAAUUUUAACAGAGAAAGAAGUUACCAGCAUGCUGGAGACUGCCUCUAAAGCUCGGGCUGGUAACGAGCUGUUCAGAACCAUCGGCGACAACGGUUUGAUAUCCUACACAGAGUAUCUGUUCCUGCUGACCAUCCUGACCAAGCCGCACACAGGGUUUCACAUAGCUUUCAAAAUGCUUGAUGUCGACGGCAACGAGCAGGUGGAUCAAAAGGAAUUUCUUAAGCUGAAAAACAUAAUCAGGAAAAAUAAAAUGAGAAUCCCCAAGGACGGCACAGAGAAGCCAGCGGAGGAAGGGAAAAGCGCCAACACUACUCUGCAGACGUACUUCUUCGGCAAGAGAGGAGAAAACAAGUUAAAGUAUCAGGAGUUCCACAGGUUCAUGGAGGACCUGCAGGCUGAAGUCCAGGAGAUGGAGUUCCUGCAGUUCUCCAGAGGUAUGGACACCAUGCGGAGAGAGGACUUCGCCGAGUGGCUGCUCCACUACACCAACGAAGAAGACAACGAUGUCUACUGGCAGAACAUCAGGAAGAGGAUCCCUGCUGGCCAGAGUAUCACAUUUGAUGAGUUCAAAGCAUUCUGCCUCUUCGCCAACAAUCUGGAGGAUUUCGCCUUUUCCAUGAAGCUGGUGACCGGAGCCAACCGUCCCAUCGGAAUGGCCCAGUUCAAGCGAGCCGUGAGGAUCGCCACAGGCCACGAUCUGUCUGAGAACGUGUUGGACACGGUGUUCAAACUGUUCGAUAUGGACGGAGACAACUGCCUGAGCCACAAGGAAUUCAUGGCCGUGAUGAAAGACAGAGUGCUGCGGGGUCUGAAGGUGCAGCAUCAGAACGGCAUCUCUGGCUACUGGAAAUGUGUGAAGCGAGAGACCAUGAAAGCAGCUCAGGAGGCCCUGGGGGGGGGGACCGGGUGCCCCUUCUGAACGG